AUGGCGACGCCAGAGAUUGCCAUGACAAUUGGGGGGCUUUCGCGGCGCAUUGCAUGGAAGCUGUGUCGGGAUCGCAAGGUGCGCUGCGGCGGCGAGCAGCCAGCAUGUGAGAAGUGCAAACGGGCAGGAGAGGAGUGUGUCUACAUCCCGACGCAGAAGCCGUCCAAGGCUGAACUGGCACAAACGGUUGAGACAUUGCAGAAGCGACUAGAUGAGGCAGAGGCGUAUAUUGUUCGGCUCAAAACUUCAUCGAACUGCACCACACUCACCUCGCCGUCCGCUCUUAAUUUUGAAACGCCACCAAAUGUGAUUACCGACAACCAGCUGCAGCAAAUCGGUCAUGUAUCUUCUGACGUUCACGAUGGGCCUGCCAGCAACUCUGUCAAUGUUGGCAAUAUCUUGGAUUUGUUACAUAACCAGCAAGAUCUACAUACAUCUGGACCGGGACCGCGGGAACAAUCUCAACCCCUAGCCGACCUGCAAAAUUUAUUCCCUAUCGAUGAGUACAUUAAUAUCGACUCGUCCAGUCUCGAUUUCUACCCGCAGAAUGGACUUGGCCCACAGAGGGGAUUCGACGAAGCGACAGGCGCAGCCAUCCUCGAGCCAGUGACGAAAUUCUCGUCAGCCAUCUUCCAGACCCAGGCCGAGACAUUGGUGAUGGCAUCAGUGGUGGCCGACUACAUCGCCUGGCUUCGCAAGGCACCUCCUGGCGGCGGGAUACCAGCCGGAGCUGAGAGCCCAGUGUAUCUGGGCAUGCUCGAUAACCUUGAUCCUCCGUGA